GUUUCUAUCUUUUUCUUCCAUUUUAAGCUCUCCCUUCCUCUCCCAAUCUUAAUCCCACUCUUCAUCUUUCAAAAAAAAAAUCUCUGUUAUCGUCAUCAUCUCAUAUCCAUGGCCGAGAAGACCCAAAAGUCAGCCGCUGCUCCGGCUGAGGAAGUUACUGUGGUGGUGGAGAAGCCUGAAGUUGCCGAGAAGGAACCACAACCGUCACCGCCUGCUCCCGUUCCGGAGCCUGAGGUGCCCGAGAAGCCUGCAGCUGUUGCUGUUGUUGAAGAAGAAAAGGAAGAAGCUGUUGUUGAAAUUGAUGAGAAGGCCAAGGUUGAAGAGAGUACGAUUACUGAAUCGGUUUCUUUCAAAGAAGAAACUAAUGUCGUUGGUGAACUACCCGGGGCUCAAAAGAAGGCUCUUGAUGAGCUUAAACAGCUCAUUCAAGAAGCGCUUAACAAGCACGAAUUCACUGCCAAAGAAGAAAAACCAGUAGCUGAGAGAAAAAUAGAAGAAGAAAAGAAAGAAGAGGUAGAGGAAGAGAAACCUGCUGCUGCUGUUGAAAUUUCAGAGGAGUCAAAGGUGGAAACGGAAGCACUCGCCUCUGUUGAAGUUAAGGAAGAAGAGAAAACUCUUCCUCCACCACCUCCAGCUGAUAAGCCGACUGUCGAGGCGGCGGCCGUGGUAACUGAAGUGGUUGAAAAGGUGACAGCCGUAGACGAUGACGGCGCCAAGACGGUGGAGGCAAUCGAGGAGUCUGUAGUAUCAGUCGCCACUCCUCCCGCAGAAACAGAGGAGGCCGCCGUUGAAGUUGCUCCUCAAACCGAGGAGACAAAAGAAGCUAAAGUUACACCGCCACUGGCCGAGGAGGUCUCUAUAUGGGGAAUUCCGUUCUUGGCAGACGAGAAAAGCGAUGUGAUCCUGUUGAAAUUCCUGAGGGCAAGAGAUUUCAAGGUAAACGACGCAUUCACCAUGAUAAAAAACACUGUCCGUUGGCGAAAAGAAUUCGGUAUCGAUUCCCUGCUUGAUGAAGAUUUAGGAAAUGAAUUAGAAAAAGUAGUUUUCAUGCACGGAUUCGAUAAAGAAGGUCAUCCCGUCUGCUACAAUGUGUAUGGAGUAUUCCAGAACAAGGAGAUGUAUCAAAAUACUUUUGCUGAUGAAGAAAAACGAGCCAAGUUCUUGAGAUGGAGGAUUCAGUUCUUGGAAAAGAGCAUUCGUAAACUUGAUUUCACUCCUAAUGGCAUCAACACAAUCGUUCAAGUGAACGAUCUCAAGAAUUCACCUGGACCGGCCAAAAAAGAGCUUAGACAAGCCACUAAUCAAGCCCUCAACUUGCUGCAGGAUAACUAUCCAGAAUUUGUGGCCAAACAAGUGUUCAUCAAUGUUCCAUGGUGGUACUUGGCUUUCAACAGGAUGAUCAGUCCUUUUCUGACUCAGAGAACCAAGAGCAAGUUUGUGUGUGCAGGUCCAUCCAAAUCUACUGAAACCCUCUUCAAAUAUAUUGAUCCUGAACAAGUCCCGGUUCAAUAUGGUGGACUGAGUAGAGAGGGUGAACAAGAGUUCACGGUGGUGGAUGCCGUAACAGAGGUGACAAUCAAGCCAGCAACCAAGCACACCAUUGAAUUCCCGAUAACAGAGAAGUGUAAUCUGGUUUGGGAGCUCCGAGUUGUGGGAUGGAAUGUCAGUUAUGGUGCCGAAUUCGUGCCGACGGCUGAAGAUGGGUACACCGUGAUCUUGUCGAAAGUGAGGAAAGUAUCGUCCGCGGAUGAAACCGUGAUUUCCGAUAGCUUCAAAACCAGUGAGUCUGGGAAAGUUGUUCUCACCAUUGAUAAUCAAACAUCAAAGAAGAAGAAGCUUCUUUAUCGAUCCAAGACCAAGGCUUACUCUGAUUGAAGACUACAAAGGAGAGUGUGUUCGGAUUUUGUUGUUGUUGAAAUUUUAAUUUAUAAAUUUAGAAGCUUUGGGAUUUAUUUUUAUAUUUUUUUAUUAGUUAAUUGGGAUUUUGGUUUUAUUUGAUCUUUCUAUAUAUUGAUAAAGAUGGGAUGACAAUGUGUGCAAUGUGAAAAGGGAUCUGUUUUGUUAUUGUGGAACUUCAUUUUGAUUCUAAA